UUUCUAGACCCGCUAAACCAGGCUGCAGCAGGCCAGCGUCAUAUGUGUCCAGAUCAGGGCGACAGCGAUUCUGUCUUUCUACUCUAGGAAGCCAUGAGGAACACCGAGGUCUUUUCCUCCGGGACCCAAGGUCCUGGCGGACCCUCUUCUUAGCCGGACUACACGGACCUUCCGCCUGAUGCGUCAUUGAAUCUUAAGGUGGAAGAUCUCUGCGUCUUCACUCGUCCGAGUGGUGUUUGUCACCUUGUUUUUCGUUAUUAUUUUUAUUUUUUAUAAAAAUCGAGGCCUCCAGCUCUGACGCUGAUAGAAAAUUACAAGUUGGGACCCACAGCAAGCGCUUCCGCCAGACCCCAGGUCACUAGAGUCAGCUGCCCACACGGCUUAGCAACGGCGCCCAGAGUUCACGUGAUUGGCUUCCGCUAAGCCCCGCCCUGGCCACGCCUCCAAGCUCUAGUGUUUUUUUUUUUCCUCCCGCUGCACUUACUCUGCCCUGUCCGGGUUCCUCUUCUCUGUACCCUGUGACAGCAGUGGCAAUCAUGGAGAUGGAUGUCACCAAUGAUACCGUGGAAGUGCUACCCCAGCACAAGUUGGACAUCAGGUGCCUGGAGGCCUACCUGAAUCAGCACUUGCCUGGCUUUGGGGCAGAUCCCCGGGCUGUGCUGACUGUUACCCAAUACAGAUCAGGACAAUCGAAUCCAACCUUUUUCCUCCAGAAAGGAUCUCAAGCCUAUGUUCUCAGGAAGAAACCUCCGGGCUCCCUUCUUCCCAAAGCACAUAAGAUUGACAGAGAAUUCAGAGUCCAGAAAGCCUUGUUCUCCGUGGGAUUCCCUGUUCCCAAGCCUCUGCUGUACUGCAGCGAUGCUUCUGUCAUCGGGACGGAAUUUUACGUGAUGGAGCACGUGCGGGGUCGGAUCUUUCGUGAUUUUUCACUUCCCGGAGUUAGCCCAGCAGAACGCACAGCUAUAUAUGUGUCUGUGAUAGAAACCUUGGCGUGGCUGCACUCACUGAAUGUCAAGUCACUGCAGCUGGACGGCUACGGUACUGGAGUUGGCUACUGCAAAAGACAGGUAUCCACCUGGACAAAGCAGUACCAGGCUGCAGCCCAUCAGGACAUCCCUGCCAUGGACCAGCUCUCCAAGUGGCUAAUGAAGAACUUGCCACAUAAUGACAAUGAGGAGAGCCUGAUUCACGGAGACUUCAAGCUGGAUAACAUAGUUUUCCACCCCAAAGAGAGUCGCGUUAUAGCAGUGCUGGACUGGGAGCUUUCGACCCUCGGCCACCCUUUGUCGGACUUAGCCCACCUGUCCUUGUUUUACUUUUGGCCCAGGACACUGCCCAUGUUAAACGGAGGCUCUCCCAUUCAGGAGAACACAGGAAUACCGUUGAUGGAGGAACUGAUUUCGAUAUAUUGCCGUCGCAGGGAAAUUGAUCCUAAUCUUCCUAACUGGAAUUUCUUUAUGGCCCUUUCUUUUUUUAAGUUGGCUGGAAUAGCACAGGGAGUCUAUAGAAGAUACCUCUUGGGAAAUAAUUCAUCUGCGGAUAGCUUUCUGAUGGCCAAUACUGUUCAGCCCCUGGCAGAAACUGGAUUACAACUCUCUAAAAGAACUUUUAGUACUGUACUGCCACAGGAUGACCCUAAAAACCAGUUGUUUGCACAGACCAGGAGAGGCCAGGAAGUUCUUACCAAGGUGAAGCAGUUCAUGAAACAGCACAUCUUUCCUGCUGAAAAGGAAGUAGCAGAAUACUAUGCUCGAAAUGGAAAUGCAGAGGAAAAGUGGGGACACCCCUUAGUGAUUGAAAAACUAAAGGAAAUGGCCAAAGCCGAGGGCCUGUGGAACUUGUUCUUGCCAGCUGUGAGCGGCCUCAGCCAGCUGGACUAUGCCCUGAUUGCCGAAGAGACAGGAAAAUGCUUUUUUGCUCCAGAUGUUUUUAACUGCCAAGCACCAGACACAGGCAACAUGGAGGUGUUGCACCUGUACGGCAGUGAGCAACAGAAGAAGCAGUGGCUGGAGCCGCUCCUGCGUGGAGAUAUCACCUCUGUAUUCUGUAUGACAGAGCCCGAUGUCUCAUCAAGUGAUGCCACAAACAUUGAAUGUAGCAUCCAGCGAGAUGGAGAUGGCUAUAUCGUUCACGGCAAGAAGUGGUGGAGCAGCGGAGCUGGGAAUCCCAAGUGUAAAAUUGCAAUUGUCUUGGGAAGAACGGAAGCUGCUUCUGUAUCCAGGGGAGGUCCGGACAGAGCAGCAGAGUCACUGCCUAUGACUUCUUUGCUCAACUCAUUUUGGAUUCUAAAUUAUUUCUGUUUUGUAGAUAAUGUACAUGGUGGGCACUGGGAGGUCCAUUUUAAUCGUGUGCGAGUUCCUGCUACCAAUUUAAUACUUGGUGAAGGCAGGGGGUUUGAAAUUUCCCAAGGCCGCCUUGGACCCGGAAGAAUCCACCACUGUAUGAGAACCGUGGGUUUGGCGGAACGCAUUCUGGAGAUCAUGUGUGAACGCGCAGUGCAGAGGGUAGCCUUCAAGAAGAAGCUGUACGAACAUGAGGUCGUGGCUCACUGGAUUGCUAAAAGCCGCAUAGCCAUCGAGGAGAUCCGCCUGCUGACCUUGAAAGCAGCGCACAGCAUAGAUACUGUGGGCAGUGCUGCAGCCAGGAAGGAGAUUGCAAUGAUCAAAGUGGCUGCCCCAAAAGCCGUCUGCAAAAUAGCUGACCGGGCCAUCCAGGUGCACGGAGGGGCAGGCGUUUGCCAGGAUUACCCUCUGGCUAACAUGUAUGCCGUAAUACGCACCCUGCGCUUAGCAGACGGACCUGAUGAAGUCCACCUCUCCGCAAUCGCCAAAAUGGAGCUUCAGGACCAAGCCAGACGCUUGACAGCCAGGAUGUGAGGGGAGCAGCCCUGCCCCAUCCCACAUCUGGAGAGACUUGAACACUUUGGUUUUUUUGAGACAGAGUUUCUCUGUGUAGUUUUGGUGCCUGUCCUGGAACUCACUCUGUAGACCAGGCUGGCCUUGAACUCACAGAGAUCCAUCUGCCUCUGCCUCCCAAGUGCUGGGAUUCUCUUAAUCAGCUCUAAUACCUGUCUUCCAUUUCUGCCGUGAUUUGAGUAGGCUAAUUAUUUCACCCUUGGCAAAGAUUUUAGCAUCUAUUUUGAUUAUUGGGUUUUAUAAUGUUAAAGAUUACACAGGUAUGAGGUAAAUAGGAAAUUCCAUCACUGUCAUCAUUGGGUCUAGCAUCUAAUGGUUUAGCAUUUGCUUUAUGUACCUGUGAUCCGUGACGAGGUAGCACUGGGAAUGGUAGAGCUAUUUCUAGAUCGUCAGCAUGAAGAGCUCUUUGCCUUGGCUUUCGGGAAUUAGGCCAUGCAAAUAGACACCCCAGGCCCGUUUCAUCUUGUCCUGAAACAUAUGUAGUUGUACCCCUUUUACUAGUGUUUUGGGGGUUAGUUUAGCACUUCCAAGAAAGACAUAAUGGAGGUUUUCAGUGUUCCCAUGAAAAGCCUCUUCCUGACCCAGCAGGAAGCAGUUCUGGUGACAGUUCACUAGAAAAUGUAGCAUGUUAGGAGAACGAGGCAUCAAGGCCACUCAAGUUAUGAGGAAGAUGCCGACGAGGAUGGUCAGUAGUUGGUGCUACAUCGGAGUUCUCCAUGCCGCCACAGUCCUCCACGUUGAGAUGUCACUGGGGCAGUGGACGAACCAAAUUUUUAGUUUAAAUACAUAUUUUCUGUUCAGUUGCUGGGAAAACUGUUAAGUAUAGCUGAAAGGCUUGGGUGGGUGGAUCUACUUUUUCAAGUAUGAAUGUUUUGAAAUCUCAACACAAAGAGAAAUACUUUAAAUCAAAAUUUGGCAUCCAAAUAAACACAGUAAGUGUAAAAUACAUACUAGAUUUUGAAAACUUAACUGAAAAUAAUUUAAAAUAUCUCAUGGAUAAUACCUUUAUAUAUUGAUCAUACAUUGAAUUAUAUUUUGGAAAUACUGAGUUGAAUAAAAAUAUGCCCAAAUCUU